UCUCACAUCAGCUCUCACGUCGGCUGCUAUGUUUCACUAUAGAUAAGGAGUGAGCCUCGGUGAUUGAUGGCAAUAAAAUUAAAUUGUAAAUAGAUAAUGACAGUUGUUGACCAAUAGCGUGCAACACACGAGUGCGGGAAUGAUUUUUAGUAAGUUUGGUACUUUCGCAAGAGUCUACCGACUAGUCACAACGACCACACGUGCAUCCCAUCAGUUCCGGGCCCUCGACAUGCCCAGGGAUCUCAAACUACGUGUCCAGGAGCUCCAGAAACAGCGUCAGCGCCUCAAGGCCCAAUCCGUCAAGUAUGCGCCUACUUAUGCCUAUCUCCAGGUCCUGGGUCAUGGAACUCGUGCAGAAUCCAGGUCUGUUUUUUUGUGCACCGAUCACUGUAAUUACGUGUUUAACUGUGGUGAAGGCACGCAACGAUUGGCCUACGAACACCAUGCCAAGCUCACGAAAAUUGAAAACAUCUUCAUCACGAGGCCCACUUGGAACAAUAUGGGUGGUCUGCCGGGGGUCGCCUUAACCAUACAAGAAACUGGAGUGCCAGAGAUUUACCUCCAUGGCCCUGAAGACUCGAUUGGCGUUAUCGAGGCGACUGAAAAUUUCAUGAACUUGAACGAAUUGACCGUCAAACCUUUCGAUAUUUCUCGAACAUUUAGGGAUCAAACAAUGAUGAUUAAUUACGUUCUGAUUCAAAAGCCCUGUGAGCAUACCGAUAGUGACGAAGAGUCUUCGGGAUCAGAAUCUGAUAACAUUAAUUUUUAUGCCUAUCAAACCAGAAAAAGGCCAUUCUCGCCAACACGGAAGGCAGCAAAAAAAUUUCUGAAAAAACGAAGUAAAACUGAUGAUCUUCUAAUGUUUUUUUGUAAGCUAGAAAAGAAGCUUGGUACCUUGAAUGUGGAAAAGUGCCUCGAAUUAGGUGUGCCUUCUGGACCUUUGAUGGGCAAACUCAAGGCUGGAAAAGACGUCAUACUUAUAGAUGGGACUGUUGUUAAAAGUGUAGAUGUGGUUGGUGAAAGUGACGAAGGCCCAUCGUUUAUCGUUUUAGAAUGUCCGGAUGAAGAGUGGAUGAAUCUUGUAAUUGAAAAUUCAGCUUUUGCAAAAUAUCAAAGCUGUGCAAAUAGGGAAAAUGUUUCGUGCAUAGUACACUUUACUCCUGAAAAAGUACUCAAGAAUCCAAAAUACAAAGAGUGGAUGUACAAAUUUGGCUCGGAUACAACGCACUUGAUUGUUAACGAAGAAAACACAGGUUACUCCAGUGAAGCUAUACAUAGAAUGCAAAAUCAACUACACUUGAUCCAUCCCACGAUAUUUCCUUUCUUGCAUUCCCAACCGAAAUCUGUUAAUCGUGAAUUCACUUUGAAAAAUACUUUUAAUAUUGAUGAAGAGAGUUUCGAAAAAAGUUUGGACAGCAGUCAAAAAUUCACGGAAGAAAAUAAAAAAGAUUUAGAUGAAAGCUUUCUCAGUGAAAACCUAAAAGUUAGGCGUUGCAAAACACUAGAUGUAUUUCAAAUGCGACCCGAAAAAGGUUUAACAACAGAGAAAAACUUAUUAAUUCAUCCGCGGAUGUACAUCCAAGAAACCAUGGAAAUAGAUGGAUUUUUAGAUUCCCUUGCAGAUUUACAAACAGAAAUAAAUGCCAAGACCAAAGCGCUAGGAGAUAAUUUAGAAGAGUACCCAAGAAUAUUGAUGUUGGGAACUGGCUCUUCUAUUCCCAAUAAAUCUAGAAACACUAGUGGUAUACUUUUUCAAAUAGAUGAAGAAACAAGUAUGUUGAUGGAUUGUGGAGAGUCGACUGUUAAUCAACUUGUUAGAUUUUUUGGAGAAGCAGAAACUGAUAAAGUUUUGAAAUCUAUAAAAGCCAUUUACGUUUCUCACUUACACGCAGAUCAUCAUUUAGGCUUGAUUGGACUUUUGGAACAGAGAAAAAUUAUUACAGACGAUCCCAUAUAUUUAAUCGCGCCUCAGCAGAUAAUGCCCUAUCUACGUUACUACAGCAGUAGAUUUAAUAAAAUUUUAGAUAAUUUUGAAUUAAUUAGUAAUAGGGACAUCCUAAUGGAUCAUCCCAUAUUAUCAGUCGCCAAGUCAAAAGCUCUAUUUGAAGCUUUGAAUAUUUCUAAAAUUAGUACGGUAUUUGUAACUCACUGUCCAUUCGCUUACGCCGUUGCGGUAACUCUAAAGGACGGACGAAAAAUAUGUUACAGUGGUGACACGAUGCCGUGCGAUAAAUUGCAGCAGUUAGCACGCGAUAGCUUUCUGCUGAUCCACGAGGCAACGAUGGAAGACGCCUUGGAAAGCGAAGCGAUCACCAAGCGACAUUCGACCAUAUCCCAGGCAAUAAAUAUGGGUGUUAGAGCUGAAGUCAAUUUUACUCUGUUGACUCACUUUUCGCAACGCUACGCCAAAUUACCCUUGCUACCGGAUAGCGAGCAGAGUGGCAACGAUUACAGCCAUGUAGGCAUUGCCUACGACUUUAUGUUGAUUAGCCUGUCGAGGUUACCAUUACUGCCACUCUUCUACAAGACCCUGGGAGUCAUGUUCAACGAAUUUCGAGAGGAGCUUUACCAGAAGGCCAUCAAGCGCGAUUUUCAAAAACAGCGACUCGAAGACGUGGUAUAAGGUUUUUUGAGUCUGCACCGACAGUAGAACAUAAAGUUUGGUCAACGAAUAUUUGAUUAACUGUCAAGAAUGAGACAGCUUUGUAGUAUGAGAAUUCCUUGUGUUGUCAAAGUUCUAAUGAAUUAGUACUUUGUUACUAAGAGUGAUACUAUUUUUUAU